AUGGCAAUUUCAAAGUCAAGGAGUAUUACGAUAGCAGUGGCAGUUGCAACACUCGUCUCCAAUACUCUCUCCUCAAUUCUCUUUUCCCAGUUACCAGAUGAUCCAUUCCAUCUAGCGAGCAACUUCGGGUGGUAUUUACAUUUCGCCAACAUCCUGAGCGUAUUUGGGUUUAUUGGCGCACUAAGAAAACAUGCCUUGAGCAUAGCCAUCUUCUCCAACUACCUUAUAAUCGACACCUUUUUCUCUGCGAUUCCGCGAUUUCUCGUCCUGACCUGCCUGCAACAAUUUUCGAGCAGCCUAUGUAGUACGAAUGACUUUGACCCUCAAUCCUACUAUACAGCUUCGAACCUACAAACCCCAUCCCAAAUUUCAGACCUCUCUGGGUCAUCUCCAAUAGAAUCUGGUCUGCAAGGAAUCGCUGCUGAGUGGAGUGUGGACGGAUGCAAACGGAUAGUCACAUUGGCGCAAUUCACUCUUGCUGCGGGUUGCUUUGCAGCUACGUUAUUGCAAUUUGUUGGAGCGCUAUAUGUGAGAGAAUAUGCAAAGAGCAUCUGGAUCCGGGAGAUGAGGGAAGAGGAAGGUCAUGCCGCAGAAGUUGAUUCUGAGAGCGCUGGGAUGAACGUGGUAGAUAUGGGCAUCGAGAAGCGAUGA